AUGUACCCAUCCUCACUUUCCAUCCUUGCUGUACUCGCCCUCGUCUUCUCCGUGGAGGCGGCGCCAGCACCGAACCCUGUGUUCGGCCGCUCUGCGUUUCCGGGCGGUCUUCUGUCCCGCGGAGCCUUGCGGAGGGAAUCUUCCUCCCAAGACGCCGCGAAGAGGUCCGACGAUGGGGCACCUUAUGUGUUGUCCAGACGCCGUGAUGUCCCUCCCGAAGCGCGCUCGCCUGUACUCCCCAUUCCAGGAGUUGACUCCGGCGACGCUGAAUCCGCUCUGACCGUCGACACUUCUUAUUACCUUCCCAUCCCUGACGCCACCGAUGCUAUCGAGUUCCGUGCACGUCACUCCCGCGAUAUGUUCCAUCUCCACUGA